GCCGGGGCCGCCGGCUCCUAGCAGGACCGCGCUGCUGCCAGAUCCAGAAGUAAAAUGAGUACUUCACAAUCAAUAAGAUGUGCUUCUAAAUCAUGAUGGCAGUACUGAUUGGACCACUGAGUUUUUGUCAACUUGUGUACCUCAGCAUUUUGACCACUACUUUGUUGAGCUUGCCAGAAGCAUCUGUGAUAAAUCCACCUCAGAAGUUAACAAUAGACUCUCAGAAUUUCCAGCACAUUUUAUCAUGGGAACCAGGAAGUAAUACAACUAUGCCAACAUACUAUAAUGUGAAAUACAUAGGUCUCAGUGGAUCAGAAAAGGAAUGGAAAAUGGCUAAAGAAUGUUCAAAUACCACACACCUAUUCUGUAACUUGACAAAGGAGUAUGAAGAAUAUACUUCUACCUACAUAGCAAUGGUUCAGAGAGUCACAGAACAUGGAGAAUUAAAUUCAUCUAUUCUUGAAUUCUCUCCAUAUAGGUCCACAUACUUGGGUCCACCAGCAGUUAAUCUUACUGCUUGUCCCGCCUGCAUAAAUGUGACAGUAAAACUUCCAGCCGCAUAUUUAAAAGAAAGUUCUUUAAUUGCUAUAUAUCAAAAACUUGAUUAUACGAUAACAGUGGAAUCAUUUGAUAGAAAGGAAAAGAUUCCUAUUAAGAAUGAAACCUCUGAAGAAAGCUUUACCUAUGUUGUUGGAAGCUUGCGUUCAAAUACAAAUUAUUGUGUGUCUGUUGCUGUGGCUGCAUCCUUAAACCUUCAUUCCAUCCCUUCAGCCUUGAAAUGUAUAAUCACCAGGUCCAACAUUCAAGCAGGUUAUGGUAUAAUUCCAAUCCUAAAUGGUGGACUUGUUUCAUUGAUAAUAGGCAUCUUCCUACUAGGACUGUAUAAAGGAGGUUUCAUUUGCUUAAAAAGUAAACCGUGGCCAAAAGUUUUGGAAACCACAAAUAAAUUACAUUGCUCAGUGCAUGAACCUGAUCCUGAAAAUGUGUGCUCUGUACAAGUCAUGUAUAAGGAGGUGAAAAAAAAGGAGUGGGAAUACUGUUAUGAUGAUGAUAGCGAAAGUGAUAGUGAAAAUUCUGGUGAAUAUACCAGACAUGUCAUCUUGGGCAGAGUUCCAAGUUCCCAUGCCAAAUCAAACACCUUCGUGCACCAGACUAUAGACUGUACAUCUGCAGAGAGUAGCAGUCAAGCAACUGAACUUCUGAAUUCUGACACAGAAAAUUCCGAAGAGCAUCAAUCUGUCAUUAGAGAAAAUGAAAGCACAAGUAGAGUGUUCUUUCAUCCUUCAUCUGAAGUAAACAGUUCCUCAACUUCUGAGUUAAGUAACAGUGCUUGCUUUAACAUAAACUUAAAUACUGUGAUGCUGGGAGACCCUGACAAGACCUGGGAUGAUUCUGCAACAUUAAUCUCCCACCAAAAGGAUGCAGUUGACUUGCAAGAUUCUAGUGCUUCUGAUGCACUUGAAUCAAAAUUUUUUACUAACACAGUAGAUGUUAAGAAGCCAGUUUGUCAUAACAUCUCACACGAAUGGCAAAAACCUAGUGUCUCGGAUGAAAGUGAUGCAUCAGAUUCUGAAUACAUAAGGAGAUGAAUUGGUGAAAGCAAGAACCACUUUAUAAAACAUGAAUAAACAAUUGGUCAUGUUUCAGAGUAUCUCUUUCUCGUUUGAACAUACAAUUCAGCUUCUGAUGAACUCUGCAUUUUUUACAUUCUAAAUAUAUGCCUGUAUGUUAUAAAAGCAUGCAGGACUCAUGUAUUAAUGAACAGUGUUUUGGUAGCUUAGGGCUUCUCUACACAAGGGGUUUAGUCCAGUCUAACUCAAGUUAGUGCAGAUUGAAAAUACCUAUGUACACAUGAGGCAAACCCUAACUCUUAACUUGGUGCAAUUCUGGAGUCCUCCGUCAAAGUGUACUAAGUUCAGUGAAAACUGAGUUAGUGCAGACUAUCGCUCAUGUCUGCACAAUGUUGCUAUGUGCUACUUUAGCACUCCUCCAACAUCUGUCCCACACUGCUUUGUGGGGUCAAAUGAUAGGCAUGUGGGCCCCAUCAGUUGCCCCAGUACAAUUCAGGAAACCCUUACAUGCAUAGCCAUCAAUAAUCUGAGCAUUACCAAGAUUUAUAACCUGGUGCAACAGUACCUUCUGCAUGCCAGCACACACCUGCAUGACAAUGCCUCCAAUAGUCGAUCGCCCCACAUCAAAUUGGUUGGCUAUGGACCAGUAACAGUUGGGGUGGCCAGCUUCCAGAUGGUGAUGGAAACCCAUUUCACAGUGGGUUAUGGGACUUUACACGUUGGUAUGGUGGCACUGCAGCUAGUUCAGCACAGAUCUCGGAAAAGAUUGCCUUCACUCUUCUGAAAUUCUGUUGCCACCGCUGGUCAUCCCAGAUCCUCAGAACAAUCCUGCCCCACCAAUCAGUGCUGGUUUCCUGAGCCAGAAAUGGCACAGCACCAAGUGAAGCUGCUCCAGGAAGAGUUCAGUAGCAGUUGCUCGAUGUCCUGCUCGUUCCUCUGCUACUGCUGCUGGGUAGCCACAGCAGCUGCUUGUUGAUUGGAGGCUAAAGCCACCCAGCACUCUGAGCUCAAAUAAAGUCCAGACAGCCUCUGCGUAUACUCAUAGUUGCCAGAAUUGUGGUGUGGAUCAUUGUUGCCUCCAUGCUGGCCAACAGCAGUUCAAAAAUGGUGCUAGCCUUCCCUGAUAGAGAGGAAUCGAAUCAGGGUAGAUGGAGCAAAAUCAUGGAAUUCUGAAUUUUACCUCAAGUCCCAGAAUUCCACUGGUUUCUGCAAUGCAUUUCACAGUGUGCAGCGAGAGAAAUCCCAGAAUGCACACAGCUCAACAGCAAAGCAAAGGACUAUCAGAUACUCACCCAAAAUGCCACACGCUUAGUAUGCACAAAGCCUCCACCAUGUGUACGAAAUGAUGCAAAUUGAAAGAAGGCACAACUGUCCCAUAUGCAUGCUGUUAGAGCAAGUUAUGUAUUGGGCACCAACUGGUACGCAUCAGCUGAGAACAAACUAAACCCGUUGUGCAGACAAGCUUUUAGUGUACAAUACUAGCUGUAUUUCACACACAUAAAAGCGAAGUACAGAUCUGAAGGUAAAUAUAUGUAUCAACAGUAUAUGCCGGUUAUUAAACUUUGUGAAUUCUCACACGUUGUCGUCCACAGACAAGUCUGCUUUAAGUGUUAAUAAGUAGUAAACCUUUACCAAAAAUUCACCAUGAGAAACAGAAAUAAUGAUGUUACCAUAUGGGUGGUCUCACCACAAAGUAAUCUCCACAAGCAGUCUCUGGAAGGCCUGCUCUAUAUGGGGGGUUACUUUGCAAUAUGUUUUAACCAUUGCAAACAAUAGAGUAAUGCUGCAUUCCUGUAAAUGAAUUAAUCGUACACAGAAGCUGAUUAUGCAGAGAAAGCUGAUCAAGUGAAAACCAUGGGAAAAGAAUGAAAACUGACAUUGUUCCUGAACUGUAUCUCCUAUAUUGAUAAUGUUUAAACAAAUUCAGCAUUUACUUCAAUCUAUAGUGAAACAGGGACCAGCCAACUAGUAGAUGGUCAUAGCACAUUUGGUGGGUUCAGAUCCAGAAAGUGCACUCUCUUUUAAAAGUAUGAAGUAUAAAAUAAGGCAUUAUUAUUUUUCCACAAAGCAUAUUUCAUUGCAAAACACUGAAGGUGAAAUGUUGGUUCCAUUUAAGGUCUGGUCUACUCUACAGAGUUAUAUUGACACAAGGCAGCUUACAUCGACCUAGCUAUGGAAGUGUCUAGACUUACAUUUCUCUCCCACCGAUGUAAUUGCGUUGCUAAGCCGACUUAAUAACUCCACUUCCACGUGUGGCUCAAGAUUGAUAUAGUUAGGUUAACACAGAGUCACUCUAGACUCUGCAUUGCUUAUGCUGACUAUUACUGGCUUUCAGGAGCCAUUUUAAAAUGCCCCACACUUACAGUACAAUUGAUACAAGUGUUCCUGGUGAGGAUGCGCACUACGACCCAAGGAGCAAAGUGUGGACACGCACAAGCAGUGUAAUUAUUGCGACAGCUGUAUGCCGACAUAAGUUAGGUUGACUUAUACGUAUGGCCUUCGUCAAUGGGACUUUUGCCAUAUGUUUCAUUGGAG